CAACAACAGCAGAACCAGCCAGCACCAGCUGCCCGGGAGGAGGAGAUUACACCACAGCCACAGCCACCGGAGCCUUCGGCUUCCGAUGAAAUCACCGAGCAUCUACCCGAGGGCGACGAGAGCAGUAGCAAUAAGCCUUCGAGGCCGGUUGAUCCCGUGUCCGAGAGCUCGAGCUGCGCGGAAGAGAGAUCUGAGAGGGAGAAACCUCCCAGGGAUGACUCAAAUGCGACCGACCCCGCAUUCUUGGCGGAACUAUCGGGCCUCCAGUGUUCCGAUCAGUCUGAGCAGGGCAGUUCAGGUCAGUCAGGCGCUGGCGGCUCACCGCAGAUGGCUGGCGCGGCAUCGCACCCACCGCCUCCGCCAGCUCCGCCGCCAAAGCCAUCAUCGUCUGCUAAUAAUGGCUUGAGGAGAAUGGGGUCUGGGAGCUCAAACAGUGUGCGGAUUGGGUCUUCAAGAAGGCCUGUUGCUUGGCCACCGGUGGCAGCCCGGACAUCUGCUACGGGGUCCCGCCCUUCUUCGCCUAGGUCGCUUGCUGACUGUGAAGGGUACAAUAGUGCGGAUGAGCAGGGUCCCUGUUACACCUCCAGCUAUGAUGAUUCGAGUACUUGCCCUGAUGUAAUUUAUUUGCCUCAGGAAAGGGAGCAUAUGUUCGAACAUGACCUAAGGCGAGUGAAAGGGUUUGAAAUAAGGAAGAUGGCUGCAGAUGGAAAUUGCCUGUUCAGAGCAGUUGCCGAUCAGGUUUAUGGUGAUCCAGAAACUUAUGACAUGGCAAGGCAGAUGUGUGUUGAUUAUAUGGAAAGAGAGCGGGAUCAUUUCUCUCAGUUCAUGACUGAAGGCUUCAUGUCAUACUGCAAGAGGAAGAGAAGAGAUAAGGUAUAUGGCAAUAAUAUUGAGCUCCAGGCAUUUGCUGAGAUGUACAAUCGUCCAAUUCACAUAUAUUCCUACAGUACAGAGCCCAUUAAUAUUUUUCAUGGAAAUUAUAGCACUGAUGUUCCUCCGGUUAGGUUAAGCUACCAUCAUGGUAAUCAUUACAAUUCAGUUGUUGAUCCUCGCCGUCUGACAGUUGGGGCAGGCCUGGGAUUUAGCUCCCUUAGAGGGACUAAUAGUGUGGAUAGGGACCAAGUGAAAGCUGCAAUAAAAGCUCAGCAAGACCAGCAGAUUGAGAAUGCACUUCUGGCUGAAGGGCGGCUCUACUCUGAUCUGGAGUUGACUGAGAAGGAAAUAGAGCGGAUGGUGAUGGAGGCCUCUCGGGCAGAAUUUCUUAACCAGCAGCAGGUUAACUUCAGAGAGUCAUCAAUGUCAGCAGGGGCAGAGCCAUCUUCUUCUGCCGCAAUUAGUGGGUCGUCUGGUUCGGCCGCGGUAGGGGAUAAAGGCAGUGAGAAUUGUUUUGUACUUCCAGACACCGUGCUGACUCGCAGCAUGCAGUUGCUCCUAGCAAUGGGCUUUAGUUACAUCCAAGUGAUGGAAGCCUACAGCAUAUUCGGCGAGGACGUGGACUCGAUGAUCUGCUACCUAGUGGAGAUGGGAGGCGCGGGAGCCUCUGCAGGUGGCAGCAACCGCCGGAAAGGAAAGGCUGCUGAGUGAUGUGCGCACCUUUCUAUAGGGGAUAGAGAUCAUCGGGCAUAUAAAUUAUAAUACAAAUAAUGAUAUAGCCUUUGUGAGUUGAGAGUCGAGACAUCGAUGUAGUGCUGCCAUGUUGGGGAUAAUAAGGAAUAAAAGGUACUCUCAGAAGUCGCUACCUUCUAUGC